AAAAUAAAAAGCCGUGUGUGUGCGCGCGCGUGAGCGUACGCGUGUUCUUCUGUUUAAUCCGGGGGCACACACGCCCGCGGGCCGCUGCUAGCUGACGCUCCCCUGGUCUCUCGCGGGGGGAGUUUGGGCCUGAACAUGGAGCCCAGCAUGGAGAGCUGCCUGGCUCAGGUGUUGCAGAAGGACGUGGGCCGGCGUCUGCAGGUGGGGCAGGAGAUCAUCGACUUCAUCGCCGACAGGCAGAAAUCCCAGGACCUGGAGCAGGACCAGACCAUGCUGGACCGUAUGGUCGACGCAAUCGCCACCACCUGGGUCAACUCCAGCAACUUCAAGGUGGCUUUGCUAGGAAUGGAUAUACUGUCAGCCUUAGUGACCAGGUUACAGGAUCGCUUUAGAACACAGAUUGGAACAGUGCUUCCCAGCUUGAUGGACCGUUUAGGGGACUCAAAGGACCAGGUGCGCGAACAGGACCAAGCUCUGCUGUUAAAGAUAAUGGAUCAGGCUGCUAGCCCACAGUACGUAUGGGACCGAAUGCUCGGGGGAUUCAAACACAAGAACAACAGGACCCGGGAGGGGGUCUGUCUUUGCCUUAUCGCCACACUAAACGCAUACGGAGCCCAAGGCUUAACCCUUAGCAAAAUUGUGCCCCAUAUAUGUAACCUCUUAGGAGAUCCCACAAGUCAGGUUCGGGACGGGGCCAUAAACUGCCUGGUGGAGACGUACCGGCACGUGGGGGAGAAGGUGCGGAUGGAUCUCAGCAAAAAGGGCAUCCCGCAGUCACGGUUAAAUGUAAUCUUCAGCAAGUUUGACGAAGUCCAAAGAUCUGGGAACAUGAUCCUCUCCUCGGCUUCAGAGAAGAACUUCGACGACGAGGACUCCGUGGACGGGGGCCGGUCCUCUUCCUCCAAGUCGGCCCCGGCAAGCGGCCGGAAGGUGGUGAGCAUGGGCUCCAUACGCCGGCCCGGCACGGCGGCGCCCAAGGGGACAGGGAAAGAAGGCGCAAGUGCAGGGGCGGUGGACGAGGAAGACUUCAUCCGCGCCUUUGAAGAUGUGCCCACACUACAGAUUUACUCAAACAGGGAGCUGGAGGACGCCAUGAGCAAGGUCCGUGAGGUUCUGUCUGACGACAAACACGACUGGGAGCACAGAAUCGUUGCGCUGAAGAAGGUGCGGUCUCUCCUCCUGGGGGGAGCGGUGGAGUUCGAGGGCUUCUUCCAGCAGCUGCGCCUCCUGGAGGCCUCCUUGAAGCUCUCGGCCAAGGACCUGCGCUCGCAGGUGGUGCGGGAGGCCUGCAUCACGCUCGGCCACUUGUCCUCGGUCCUGGGGAUCCGGUUCGACCACGGCGCGGAGAACAUCAUGCCCACGCUCCUCAACCUGGUGCCCAACAGCGCCAAGAUCAUGGCCACGUCCGGGAUGGCCGCCAUCCGCCUCAUCAUACGGCACACACACUACCCACGCCUGAUCCCCAUCAUGACCAGCAACUGCACCUCCAAAUCCGUGGCGGUCAGAAGGCGCUGUUAUGAGUUCCUGGACCUGCUGCUGCAGGAGUGGCAGACGCACUCUCUGGAGAGGCACGUGGCGGUCCUGACCGAGACCAUCAAGAAGGGGAUCCACGAUGCCGACUCGGAGGCCCGGUCCGUGGCCCGGAAGUGCUACUGGGGUUUCCAUGGACACUUCAGCAGGGAGGCGGAGCACCUGUUCCAGGCCCUGGAAUCGUCCUAUCAGAAGGCCCUGCAGUCUCACCUGAAGAGCUCCGACAGCAUUGUGUCCCUGCCUCAGUCUGACCGCUCCUCCUCCAGCUCCCAGGAGAGCCUAAAUCGUCCCCUGUCGGCCAAGAGUCACAUUGGAAGCAGCAUAAGCCGAACCAAAGGGGUGGCCCCCCGGGUCUCGUCCACCCCCGGCUCCCUCCAGCGCUCCCGCAGCGACAUCGACGUCAACGCCGCUGCCAGCGCCAAGCACAGGAUGACGGCCGUGCCCUCGGCCUCGCCCUUCAGCUCGGCCGCCGCCCUCCCCCCGGGGUCCUACGCCUCUUUAGACGGCACGUCGGGUAGACCCGAGGGACGGGUGCGCACUAGGAGGCAGAGUUCGGGCAGCGCGGUCGGGGUGAACACAGCUGUGACAGACAGCAGGGGUCGCAGUCGGGCCAAAGUCGUGUCGCAGUCCCAGCGAUCCAGAUCAGCUAACCCUACUGGUGCCGGAAGCCGGUCCAGCUCCCCGGGGAAGCUCCUGGGGCACACCUACGGGAGGGUCCCGCGAGCCGCCGCCGCCGCCACGCCCGCCGACAAGCGCACCAAGAUCCCCCGCAGCCAGGGCUGCAGCCGCGAGACCAGCCCCAGCAGACUGGGCCUGGCCAGGAGCAGCCGAAUCCCCCGCCCCAGCAUGAGUCAGGGCUGCAGUCGCGAGAGCAGUCGGGACACCAGCCCCGCCCGGGGCUUCACCCCUCUGGCCUCUCGACGUCACUCCCGUUCCACCAGCGCUCUCUCCACGGCCGACCCCGCCGGCCAGUCAGACCGUUUCGGGCUGGUCCACCAGGCCCGGAUCUCGGCCUCGGUCAACGCCAUGCGGGUCCUGAACACCGGGACGGAGGUGGAGGCCGCGGUGGCGGACGCCCUGCUGUUAGGAGACUCCCGGAAUAAGCGGAAGCCCGUGCGGCGGCGGUACGAGUCGCCGGGGAUCUACUCGGACGACGACGCCAACAGCGACGCCUCGAGCGCCUGCUCGGAGCGCUCGUACGGCUCGCGCAACGGCGGCGUCCCGCACUACCUGCGGCAGACGGAGGACGUGGCCGAGGUGCUCAACCACUGCGCCAGCUCCAACUGGUCCGAGAGGAAGGAGGGCCUGGUGGGCCUGCAGAACCUCCUCAAGAGCCAGAGGAUACUCAGCCGAGUGGAGCUGAAGAGGCUGUGCGAGAUCUUCACCAGGAUGUUCGCAGAUCCACACAGCAAGGUGUUCAGCAUGUUCCUGGAGACGCUGGUGGACUUCAUCACCAUCCACAGGGAGGACCUGCAGGACUGGCUCUUCGUGCUGCUCACGCAGCUGCUGAAGAAGAUGGGUGCCGACCUGCUGGGCUCCGUGCAGGCCAAGGUGCAGAAAGCGCUCGACGUCACCAGGGACUCUUUUCCCUUUGACCAGCAGUUCAACAUCCUGAUGAGGUUCAUCGUUGAUCAGACACAGACUCCCAACCUCAAGGUGAAGGUGGCCAUCCUGAAGUACAUCGAGUCCCUGGCCCGGCAGAUGGACCCCGCGGACUUCGUGAACUCCAGCGAGACGCGGUUGGCCGUGUCCCGCAUCAUCACCUGGACCACCGAACCGAAGAGCUCCGACGUCAGGAAGGCCGCCCAAGUGGUCCUGAUCUCGCUGUUCGAGCUGAACACGCCCGAGUUCACCAUGCUGCUGGGAGCUCUGCCCAAAACAUUCCAGGACGGGGCCACCAAACUCCUGCACAACCACCUGAAGAACUCCAGCAAUGCUAGUGUGGGCUCUCCAAGCAACACCAUCGGACGCACCCCCCCUCGACACCCCACCAGCCGCACCAGCCCCCUCACCUCCCCCACCAACUGCUCCCACGGGGGGCUUUCACCCAGCAUGCUGGAGUAUGACACGGAGAACAUGAACUCGGAGGAGAUCUACAGCUCCCUGCGCGGGGUCACCGAGGCCAUCCAGAGCUUCAGCUACCGCAGCCAGGAGGACCUGAACGAGCCAAUCAAGCGCGAGGGGAAGAAGGACGACGCCUCGGGUCGGGACGGGGUGGCGGCGUCCCCCGGCCUGGACCCGCGGCUGGGCGUGGACGCCGUGGAGGGCUGCCGAACGGCACUGGAUAACAAAACCUCGCUGCUCAACACCCCCUCCCCCCGCUCCUUCGCCGGGCCCCGGGCUCGAGAGUACAACCCCUACAGCUACGGCGACACCAUCAGCGCCUACGACAAGAGUGCCCUGAAGGAGGCGGUGUUCGACGACGACGUGGAGCAGUUCAGAGACGGUCCUCUGGACCACUCAGACCUGGUCGCGGACCUGCUGAAGGAGCUGUCCAAUCACAACGAGCGUGUGGAGGAGCGCAGGGGGGCUCUGGUGGAGCUGCUGAAGAUCACGCGCGAGGACAACCUGGCCGUGUGGGACGAGCACUUCAAAACCAUCCUGCUGCUGCUGCUGGAGACGCUGGGGGACAAAGAUCACACCAUCCGGGCGCUGGCCCUGCGCGUGCUGAAGGAAAUCCUGCGCAACCAGCCGGCUCGCUUCAAGAACUACGCCGAGCUCACCAUCAUGAAGACCCUGGAGGCCCACAAAGACUCCCACAAGGAGGUGGUGCGGGCAGCAGAGGAAGCCGCCUCCACGCUGGCCGGCUCCAUCCACCCGGAGCAGUGCAUCAAGGUCCUGUGCCCCAUCGUGCAGACGGCCGACUACCCCAUCAACCUGGCCGCCAUCAAGAUGCAGACCAAGGUCAUCGAGCGCAUCGCCAAGGAGUCUCUCCACCAGCUACUGCCCGACAUCAUUCCCGGUCUGCUGCAGGGCUACGAUAACACAGAGAGCAGCGUACGCAAGGCCAGUGUAUUCUGCCUGGUUGCUAUCUACUCUGUGAUUGGCGAAGAGCUCAAGCCUCACUUGGCCCAGCUCACGGGCAGCAAGAUGAAGCUGUUGAAUUUGUACAUCAAGAGGGCCCAAACAACCAACAGCAACAGCAGCAGCUCCUCGGACGUGUCCACGCACAGCUAGCCGGAGUCGAACCCGCGGCACCCUGCAAGCCCGGCCACGGCGCGGACGGCCGUGCCUCGUCAAAAGACCUCCCCGUUCCGCGCGCUCCCCUGCAGACCUGCUCGAGGGGGAACGUUUCGCUUGUUGCAAUCAGUGUUUUCCUUUCAUCCUCUUUAUGUUCAUGUGAACCUUUUACUCCACGUUAUUCCCCCCCGCCCCCCCCCCAUACCUCCCCCUCCCCGUUGUUUUAUAGAAAGAUGAAUGUACGGAGUCCUGAGGUAGUGGUGAAUGCUUUUUUUACAGGUUGUUUUUUUUUUAGUCUCCGAGACACGGGUGCGUCGCUCUGCAAUUCAGCCUCGCUGCGCCGGGCGUGUUUUUUUUGAACUGCGGUCGGUUACUUUAGCCAAGAGUGAAAAAGUUAGGCGUGUGAGAAUGAGUCAGCAGGCCGGAGGCGAGGCCUACUCCGGGGCUCCCGAGCGAUGCUUUCGGCAGAGGCCCUUAAAAUUUCAAAAAUGAAAAAGAAAACCGUUCUUUAAAAAAAAAAAAAAAAAGAAGGAAGUUCGCAGCAUUCCGCAAAGUCGCUGCUCUUCGGGUGUAAACGCUAAACUCUGAAGAGCCUGCAUUUGAGAAUCCUUUGUAAAGCGGCAGACUUAUUUUAGGCCUAAUCGUUCACUUGAAUUUCGGUUUGUGAUUGACGAUCAUUUGGCUGGCCCAGUGAUUACAUGAGAGAAUUGUAACAGGGGUAAAAAUUUAACACUGAGGUUUGGGUACAGUAAUAACCAAAAAUUGUAGUAUUAAAAUUAGCGUCUUGUAUUUCCAUGUUAUGGGACUUUUUAUUUAACCAGUGUCUGAGGACCACACUGUCACCCCUGUAUUUAGUCAAAUUUGCAUAGCAGUUUUGUCUGUUUUAUAUUUUACUUUUGUCAAUCACUAUGAAGGCCAGAUGAAAUGUUGUCUUUUAUUAUUUUAGUGACAAAUCAAGUAAAACAAAUCAGAAUGUUUUGUAGGGACCUCAUAAAAUGAAAAGUAUUAGCAGACUGACUUGCUGGCAAAUUGCUUAGCUUAAGGAAAGGAUGACAAAGCUACUUGUGUGUAGUGAUGUCCUUAUCAGUGUUCUCCUUAUUUUGUGUAAGUUAUUGAUCUCUAGUUAAAACCUAGAAUUGCGAGUUAGACCACAAAUGUGAAGACAAACAAGUGAGGAAAAAGAUCAAUCAGAGGUAAUCCUUUUUUUCCUGGAAAAACCUUGACAAUCGGAAAUGUUAAAAUGUUUAUAACUGGGAAAUACCUUGAGAUGACAUGUUUAAAUAUAAGUGCCAGUGAAUGAGAUUGUUCGCAGACCUGCUAUGGCAAGUGCUGCUUAUGAGCAAGCUGGGUCUGCCUGUUGCAAGAACACUGAUUUUUUUUUUUUUUUUUUUUUACUUUGUGGAGAAAGAAAUGUCCAUUUCUUGGAUGUGCUGAUAAGUCGAAGCACUGUAUGAAUCCCAAAUCUAUGGUAUUGUCAUCACAUUUUCAGAAUCACUUUUGACAGGAUUUGUCUUAAGAAAAUGGCAUUUCAAGUGUAAUUCCAGCACCAGAUUCCUGAUUACUAUGAAUGUUACUGGUACAUAUUUGGGGAACAGACACUUAAGACACUACCAGGCCUUACUUUCUUUUUCAAAGUACUGUUUCGCUAUGUGGACUGUUAAAUACAGUCUUUUCUCCUCUAAUGUGAAGACACAUUUAAUGCAUUUAAUGUAAUGCAUUUAAUAUACCAGAAUAAAGUCAAAGGAAGGAACCUCUGUUUAUAAUUCCAAAUUUGUUGUCACCUACCCCACUGUAUAGUCAUAAUUCUUGCAGUUGAAGAAAGAAAAUUAUAAAUGAGAAUCACAAUGUUUUGUACAUUAUUUUCACCGCUUCGCAGACUUAUUAGAAAGCAAAAUGGGUCAUUAUGAUCUCAUGUUUUGCACGUUAGCAAAUAGCCUGCAUGUUUCAGCUACACUUAUUUUUGCUGCUACUUGAUUCUGAUUUAACAACAAGCACCCUGGCCACUUUUCGCUGUCCACUUAACGUGUACAUACAGUAUUAAUUUCCGCCUGCGGAGCGACUGAGUCUAAAUGCAACGGCAUAAUGGGUCAACCAAAAUUUGAUCUCCAAACGUCCAUGUUUCCACGGGCUGCGGUCUGAUGCAAUUACAGAACAGACGUAUGAAGUACCCUUAGUUCUCAUGUAGUGCAACGUAUUGAGGCAUGUGGCUUUUCAAAAAGGUACACUAUGUGCGCGUGCCUUGGCUCUGUCUGACAGUACUUUUUAAAUGGCUUACUAAACCGCUUAAGACCAUGUACAAGUAAUUUGCAAUUUUGUCAUAUGGAAACCUCGACCCUUUGCAAAUAAUUGUCUAAUUUCUGUAAGGGGAAAGCCAGUGUUUUUGUAGAAGAUGACAAAAGUGGUUUACUGUUCAUAUUACUCCGCUGAUGCAUCGGCCAUUAGAAAUCGUAUCCUAGCAAAUCCUUCUCUGCGCAUGUUCUGUUUUUCUUUUUUCUUCUUUUUUUGCUUUUGUCAUGUAAUAUCCAUAUCUGUAUUUAUAUUUUUGUUUUAUUUUGUGUGUAUUAUGACAACUGUACAGACUACCCUUUUUUGUUAACACCCACCUGUGAUAGAAUUUGCGAAAAUAUAAACUUCAGUUUGCUCUAGAAAUAAACCGACUUCAAAGCUC